CAACUUGUUCUGCGGUGGAACAAACCACGGAAAGGGAAGCAUGGGGGGGAGGGAAAGUGGGGUGGGGCGAUAUAUUCAUAGCGGGUGAAACUAAUCGAACCAUGUUGUAAAGUGUGUGUGGGGGGGUGUUAAGGUUAAGGCUCGCUUGGGGAGGGAGGUGGACAUUACUAUGCGAUAACUGACAGGGGGUGGGGCUUCGAUCUAACUAUGAUGUGAAAGGGGAGUUAUGGUGUGGUGCCCGGUUCUGUGAACGGAACUCUUGCUUGUAGCGAGGGGAAGGGUGUGUGCCUGUGGGUGGUACUGUUGUGAUUGGUGCGUGUGCAUGUGCACCUGUGUGUAUCUCCUAUCUAUUCCGCUGAAUUAGGUGGACAGAAAAAAACAGAAGAACGACGACGGGUGGAGAGAAGGUUGUACCGUUGUGAACGCUUUUUUUUUUUUUUUUAAACGUGGGGAGGGGGGAGGUGAGGGAUACGGCUGGCUUAAUUGCACUGGGACUAGUCUAGGUGGAAAAAGGGAGGGCUGGAUGGUACCAUUUUGGGGGGCUGGUGGGGAGAAUUAAAGAAGUACCUCAGAUUCGAAUGAUACUCAACCGCGGUUGAGCGGAGAAGAAUAGAAGCGGUGCCUUUAACGGCCCGCUGUGAUCUGAAGGUCGGAAAAAGGCAAGAAGAAGCACCACUUCAAGAGUUUAGAAAGGUAUCCAUGGUGGCAUCAGUGAUGAGAGGCUGGUUCUAGUGGUACCUUGCAAGGAAGUGUCAAGUCUAACCAGCCUGUGUAUGUACCCAGUGGUGCCAUUUUGAGCUGAUACAAGUCCUACCUUCAAAGAGUGAGGAGGGAGAGUGGCUUGAAUACUGAAGGGAGCAGAAGUCUGGGCCUUUCCUUGGAGAUCCGUUUUGACAUGACUGCCCAGGUUGGAGGGACCCAAGGAGAGGCAUGAAAAAACUCUGCUUUUAGGAGGAGGCCAAUAUUUGUUCAAGCAGCCCCAAGGACUCUUCUCUCUGCCAUGGCUUCAAACUGUACUGGAGGCACAGCGGCUGCAAGCGCUGGCUCAGCUAUAGGUGCUGCCCUCAGUGCUUCCAAGACCAAGACCAAGAAGAAGCAUUUCGUCUGCCAGAAAGUGAAACUCUUCCGAGCCUCUGAACCGCUCCUGAGUGUCCUUAUGUGGGGAGUCAACCACACGAUUAAUGAGUUGAGUAAUGUCCCUGUCCCUGUUAUGUUAAUGCCAGAUGACUUUAAAGCCUACAGCAAGAUUAAAGUGGACAAUCAUCUUUUCAAUAAAGAGAAUCUCCCAAGCCGCUUCAAAUUUAAGGAGUAUUGUCCAAUGGUAUUCCGAAAUCUCCGGGAAAGAUUUGGGAUUGAUGAUCAGGACUAUCAGAAUUCUGUGACCCGGAGUGCUCCAGUAUACAAUGAUAGCCACGGGCGGUGUGGAGUUCGCUUCCUUACCACUUAUGACCGGCGGUUUGUCAUCAAGGCAGUGUCAAGUGAAGAUGUUGCAGAGAUGCACAACAUUCUAAAGAAAUAUCACCAGUUCAUUGUGGAAUGUCAUGGAAAUACACUUUUACCCCAGUUUCUUGGUAUGUACAGGCUUACAGUAGAUGGUGUGGAAACCUACAUGGUAGUCACCAGGAAUGUAUUUAGUCACCGGUUGACAGUGCAUCGAAAAUACGAUCUCAAGGGUUCAACAGUAGCAAGAGAAGCCAGCGACAAAGAAAAGGCUGAAAAUUCUGCUUGGAUUACAACAGAGAGAAUUUACAAUUUCGGAGCUGAGAGACACUCACAUGUGGCCUGGAUCUCCUACGGCCUGUCUCAUGCCCCUGAGGCUAAGGAUCUACCAACCUUUAAAGACAACGAUUUUCUAAAUGAAGGCCAAAAGCUCCAUGUUGGAGAGGAAUGUAAAAAAAAUUUCCUGGAGAAAUUGAAGCGAGAUGUUGAGUUUCUUGCACAACUGAAAAUCAUGGAUUACAGUUUGCUGGUGGGAAUUCAUGAUGUUGAUCGAGCUGAGCAAGAAGAGAUGGAAGUUGAAAACCGGGCAGAAGAUGAAGAAUGUGAGAAUGAUGGCAUAGGUGGGAAUCCAAUUGGUUCCUAUGGGACUCCACCUGACAGUCCUGGUAACCUUCUCAACUUCCCACGUUUCUUUGGGCCUGGGGAGUUUGAUCCAUCUGUGGAUGUCUAUGCUAUGAAAAGCCAUGAAAGUGCCCCUAAGAAGGAGGUAUAUUUCAUGGCAAUUAUAGAUAUCCUUACCCCUUAUGACACAAAGAAAAAAGCAGCACAUGCUGCCAAAACUGUGAAACAUGGGGCUGGAGCAGAAAUUUCCACUGUCAAUCCCGAACAGUAUUCAAAACGCUUCAAUGAAUUUAUGUCCAAUAUCCUGACAUAGUUGCCUUCCUGUUGUUGGCAGAAAAGGAGGGAGAAGAAUAGUAGAGGGUGGGUGGUAGUGUUUCCAGUUCUGCAGGAAUGUAGCCCAGUCUGCUGGAUAUGAUAUUCUGUGAGUGUGUGAUGACAGUCUGACCUAGCAGAAAAUUAACCUCUAGACGUGGGCCUCCAAACCUGGUGGAAAAUGAGACUAUUACUCUCUUCUAUUUUGGUUGCUACAAUAAAUAUCCAAACAUAAACCUGAGGAAUAAAGUAGUGUUAAGAUUUGCACUUUUCUUUGAAAAGCAUCAGUCUCCAAAUUAUCAGAUGUUAAUGUGAACACAUAACAGAAGAUAUAAAUGAUGGUUUCCUUCAGUUGAACUAUGGCUGUUCAUUCAGAGCAAAUUCUCUUUGUUGCUUUCUCUAAGGAUUGUACAAGAGAUGACUUGUCAUUUCAAGGACAAGAACUGUUGUAAUGAUUAAGGAAAGCCAUUUAAGUUAGUUGAACAAAGACUUUUUACUUCUGGUCUUUUGAUAUCCCACUUUCUUUUUGCAUUGUUAUUUCAAAAAAAGAUGAGAAUAUGAGGGAAUUAGAUGGAUGCUUAAAAUUUUAUGCAAUCGAGGGGGGGGGAAAGCAGUUUCAGAAGAAUCCACAUUUCUAAUGAAAUAAGAUACAAUUUCUUGGUGAUCGUGAAGAGGUGAGAUAACUUUAUACAAAUACAUUUGUACUGAGUUGGAUUACAACUUGGAUUAAGUUAUCUCUAAUAUAAUGAUCUACCAGAGCUAAAUUAUUCAUGGUUCAAACUUUUAUACCUUGACCUGGUUGUAAAUGCUGUAAAAUGAUAUUUUCCUUUUUUUAAAAAGGUACCACUUCUUUGUAUCAUCUUAUGCUGUGAACCAUUGUGUUAGAAAUAUUAGCUUUUGAUCAUUCCAUUGGGGAAGAAUCUAGUCUCAGAAUAUGGGGAAAAUAUAAUAAAUUGCUGAAGGUGACUGCUCUUAACCACUAGGACAGAUUGUCCUGCUAAUCCAGAUUUUUGGAAUAAGUUGCACUAGCUCAGUUUUCUUAAAAGAAUCCAAACUGUUCUUGCCUCAUUUGAAUUACAACUUUUUCUUGUAAUCUACAGACUAAUGUUGGAUUUCACAACCGUACUUGUCAAAACUGAAGAUUUUGAAUUAAUUGAUUCCAUUUUUUCAGUAUUCUUCUUGUGAGGAUGGGUUCUUUAUAGGUGUUUUUUUUAAAAGAGGGAUUUGGCAAAUUAUGAACCAUCAGCUUGCAAUCAAGACACUUUGCUUACUCUUUCUGAAUCUGUUUCUUACACAUGCUUUUUUUUUGUAUGUGAUUGUUGGGGUGUUAAUGUCCUGUGCCUUCUGCUUUGUGGACUCUAUCUUUUUUGGGAAUAAGGUAAAUACUUGUUUUCUUUCUUCGUUGUCCUCAAGUAUGCGUAUUCUUUCAGAUGGGAUUUUUCAUAUUUAUGAACAACAACAAAAAAAUGCAUAACGCAUUCCAUGAUUCUAAAGUCAUAUAAUAGUUUACAAGGCUUAAAAAUCAUGGAAUAUGCUGUAUAUACUAUAAGAUUUUGUUAAGGCAUAAAUUAAACUAUAGAGAUUUGAAAUUUCUUUUUUUCCCACCUAGAUUUCAAAGCAGAUUUCUUUUAUUAGAAACCACAAUGUUUAGCUUUCCCAAUUUUAUGACUUAUAUCAUAAAAUUAAUGUGAAUUUAGUAACUUAUUUCAAAAGGCAGGCAUGGAUAUGGGUAUGUUGAUAGGUUGUAAAAUUUUUUAAAACUCAAAGGAAAUGGUGCACUUAGAAGUUCAGUGUAAAAUAGAAAAUUUGGUCUACCCUAUCUUAACAUGGAAAUUUCAUUUUCAGCUCUUUUUGUUUACAUUUUGAUUAAAAUUAGUAAGCGUUAGCCUAAAAUGCUGUUUUUUACAUUUUUUACAAAUAUUUGCCUACCUUAAUCUAUUUAGGAGUUAAUCAGUGCACAGUUUUUAAAAAAACAUGAAAAGAUGUGUUGCCUGGUUGAUUCAUUUAUAAAGACCCUUGAAACAACCAAUAAUGGGCACUCAGGCAGAAAGAACAAAUUGUCCAUCUUUGCCUCCUCUUACUUUCUCUUCUCACUCUUCCCUGGCCUUUGCCUCUCUUGUCUGUGUCUAUACUCUCUCCAUUCCUCAAUCCGCUUCCAUCAGAAGUUUUUCUCUUUAACACCUUUAACAUCCUGUUCUUUUGUCUUCAGCUGCCUUCAUUCCCUGACAAAAGCCACUGAAGCUAUCUAAGUUGCUACUGAUUCUAUUCUGGCUCAUUGUUUAAAGUCCUCUUUGAUGUCCAUACUUUGUGCUUAGAUGUUGAAUUUGAGUUUUACUCAGAUAUAUCUCAAGAUGAUUGGGAAUAUAUCCCUACCAGUGGUGGGUUGCCCCCCCCGGUUCAGACCGGUUUGCAAGAACCAGUAGUAAAACCGGCGGCAGGCCCCACCCACUACUCCGGAUGUCAUCAUCCGCGAUCUGCGCAUGCGCAGAAGCUAGCGUGCGAUCCUGUUGCGAACCGGUAGUAAAGGUAAGUAGAACCCACCCUUGAUCCCUACUCACCUUUAACUCCCCAUUUAAUUUUUGUUUUGUCAUACAUGCCAUUGACUUGUUAAUCUUUCCUACUAAAAUUUUGCCCACAUAUCCUCUUUGCCAUCUCCUACUCCCAUAUUUGUGCCUUUUGUUAUGUUGCCCUCUAUCAGGAACUUUUAAGACUUUCAUCUGAAUUCAUCUUAAAGUCCUAUAUCAGCAAAAGUAUAACUGGCUUUUGCCUCUAGUCCCAUUUUAUCCUUUCUCUAUUCUAUUAACUUAAUAUUCUGCCUCUGACCUCUGCUCUGGGAAGGUGCUCAGAUCCAUACGACACUUGGUUCUACUAACUGUUGUGGAAUUUUUCCUUCUCAAUUAUUUGCUUAAUAGAAAAAUAGUUUAAUGAUUUGAAAUCUUCAAAAGGUACAGAAAAAGCCUGGUGGGGAGGUCAAGAGGGAUGUCGUCAGACUUUUUACUUCAGGUUUCCUCAAACCAAAUAUCAUUGAGAUACUCUAGUUUACAACUCCACUAAACAUGGGAUUUGUAGACAUUAUACGUCUGGAAGAUGUCUUUGGGGGAAACUGUUGUUACACUCAUAUGGACAUUUGAAAUUUACUCACUGGGAAUUUCUACAACUUUUAACAUUCCAGUUUCUUGCCAUUCACACCCAAAAUUUUAAUCAGAAAAUGGAAUCACAUGGAAAUCUUUUGUUUCCAAACACAGUAUUAGAAUUUUCCUUCUUAUGAAUAUUAAAUUAAUCUGGCAAUGCAGUGAGAAUGAUAUACACAAUAAAUUCUGAUCAAAGCAUUGCCUGUAACGCUACAAGAGAUGUGGGAGAAAAGGAACACAUACCAUCUCUUCAGAGUAUUGUUAGUUUUGACAGAAGAGCUAUGAUUAAACCUAGACCUGAUAAGUCUUUUGCUCUUCCUUCCUUGUUCCUAUUUUCUAUAUCGGUGAUUCCUCCCUGCCUGGUAUCCUUAAAUACAUCGUUCUAAAAAUAACUCAUGCAUGUUUUCCCUGUAACUCUUAAGGAUAGCACUGGCAAUGCAAUUUUAUUUCCAAUUCAGUAUGUCCAAGAGACCUUUUAGAACUCAUUCAUUUGCUUUUCUGCCCCAAGUUUCAUUCCUAUAAAGGGCAUGUAUAUUGGUACAAUUUAUCCAUCAGUUUAGUCUGAAAAUUGUCCCCAUCCCCCCCCCUUUUUGUUGUUGUUGUUGCAGAAGAGCCUAUAUUGGAUCAGAAACAGAUGAAUACUAAAUUAGUGGGGAUUUAGCAGUAAUGUAUGGCCAUUGGUGCAUAGAACUACAAUCUUCUAGGUCAAGUACUUUGUUUGGAAAUCAGAUAGAUUUCUUGUUCACCAAUUCAUGCAAGGGAAUGUCAAUAGCCACUCUUUUUCUUCCCAAUGUACAUCUUGUUACAGUUGCAAUGACCCCAAGGUAUAGCUAACAUUACAGAAAGGAAGUACUUUUUCAGUACAGCUGUGAUUUAUCUUUUUAAAAAUAUAUAUUUGGAGCAGAUUUUUGACUUAAGAAAGUUAGUGACCUAUUUGGAGGAUUUUGGGGCAUGUGUUAGUCUUGUUCCCAAGUAGACUUACACAUGUACAUUCUCAGUUGGAUCAUUCUAGCCAAAGAAUGUGUGUUGUUGAUGGUAGUCUUAGCUUCUUCAUCUCCUGUUUUGUGGAAUGUACUUCCCCAACCCAGGGUCCUCCAGAUAUAUGGUAGCAAAGUUCCCAGCAUUGUUAAUUAACAUGCCUAUUCUAGUGUGAGAUGGAACUCAUAUUCUAAAAGUUUUUGUUCAUUAUCUUAAAAAUAUUAUGGUAUCUUCAGGGGGAAUGUAUACUAAUAGUUUCAGCUUUGGUUAUCAUGUUUGAGGAAGAAAAUCUCAAUUUUGUUCAAUAUAUAGUAACUUCCACUGCAAUCAUUGAUGUAUCCCCACAGUCUAUAUUGUUAGGUGGUUACAUCCAGGCAGUUAAGCUGGAAUUUCCUGCACUGGAAAAAAUGUUGAAUGUGGGAUUUUUAAGGGCUAAACUGCAGUAGAUGGUGACAAUCAUCUUUAAUCAUGUCUGUUAUGUUCAUGUGUAGAGAAAGGGCUUGGGGAGGGUAUCAUUGGAAAGCACUCGGGUGAAAAUGGAUUCUUAUAAACACACAUAAAUAUUGAUGGCUAGCUGUAAGCCACAUGGUCAAAUAAAGUUUGCACUUCUUCAUUAUCUAAGUCUUUGAGAACCUGGUAUGAGUGUGCAAUGCCAUCCCAGGCAAUCUUUCAAAAUUGUAUUAAUUGUAAAACCAUGUAUUAUUUUAAAAGAUAAAGGAAACAAGACAUUUGUUCCAGCCAUUAUCAAUCUCUUUCUAAUUGUAUGCUUGAAUACCAUAUGACUAUAUUCAACAUAUUAAUAUAUAUAAUCAUAUGGUAUUUAAAUUUAUUAUAUAAGCUGGUGCAUAAUGGCAAGCAGGCGAUUACAAAUUUGAAUCUCCAACUAAUAAAAAAUUUUAGGUUUUUCAUACCUUUUUUAAAAUAAAAAAUUUAAAGUCAAUGUGCUUAUAAAGUAUGAGACACUGUUUUGAAAUGCAUGUAUGUUAACAAGGUGUGAAGUCUCUCAGGUGGGUUAAACAAAAUAAAAAUGAAUUUUUUUGUGUAAAA